UUGCAAUGUUCUUUGGGUUCGGUUGGGAGAACGUAGGACAAUUCUAGGCCCAAUUGGUACCAUUCCUGGCUUAAUUGGGAUCAUUGUGGACCCAACUGGGACCAUUCUGGGCCAGUCUGGGAUUAUUAUGGGACCAUUCUGGGCCAAUCUGGGACCAUUUUGGGCCAAUCGAGGACCAUUCUGCGACAUUUGGCGAUCAUCCUGGGACCAUUGCAGGAUCAUUCUGAGCCCGUUUUGAGACCAUUCUGGGACCAAUUGGGGCCGUUCUAGGUGUAAUUGGUACCUUUCUAGGCCCAGUUGGGACCAUUCUGGGUGCAACAGGGUUCAACCGAGACCAUUCUGGGGCCAAUUGGGAGCAUUCUAUUCCCAGAUGGGACCAUUCUGGGCCCAAAUCGGUUCAACGGGGACCAUUCUGGGUUCAAUUGGGACCAUUCUAUUCAUGUGCCAUGAUGGCUAGGGUUGGUGCUGUUUGCGGCCUACGACAACUCGAACAAGAAUUGGUGGGCCUUUUAGAAUACCUUUGGGUUGUUUAAUACCACCCCUACUUCUUACCACCACCCCGGUUAUAUCUGGAGGCCCACCCACAAGGUUUCCUUUUUUUUGUCGUUUUUUCCCUGCUUGCUUCAGUUGGCCCAUUUUUUCUGGGAGGUUGUGGUGGUUUAAACCACCAGUAGUUCCGGGGCACUUGUGUCCGGGGCGGGGAAAUGCACUGCGUGGCAGUGCGUGCCAAAAAAAAAACAAACCGGCGCGGCCCUCGUUCUGGCUGGCGGCACCAGCCAUUUUGCUCCUGAGGCCGAGCCCCGAAAGUGGUGCUGGUACACAAGCCGCGUAUUUGUUUUCAUAGCGGGGGAUGCGUACUGGUGGUUUUACAUCGGCCGUGGGCGUUUCCUGUGAACGCGUCGCGACGGAUGGGCUUCGGGCUACCGGACCACAAUGCCUGGAGGCGCCAGCCAAAAGAAGAUGCGCCGGCGGCGGCGGCUCAGCAAAACUUGGCUCGCAGGGCGUUUCCCGGCUCGGCACCAGCCAUUUUGCUCCUGAGGCCGAGCCCCGAAAGUGGUGCUGGUACACAAGCCGCGUAUCGUAGCGGGGGAUGCGUACUGGUGGUUUUAGGCUUUAAAGUUUAAACCACCAGUACUUGGCCCAUACAUCGGCCGUGGGCGUUUCCUGUGAACGCGCCGCGACUGAUGGGCUUCGGGCUACCGGACCACAAUGCCUGGAGGUGCCAGCCAAAAGAAGAUGCGGCGGCAGCGGCAGCUUGGCAAAACUUGGCGCGCAGGGCGUUUCCCGGCUCGGCAUCAAUAGCUGGGCCAAGUACUGGUGGUUUAAGCCCUUUCGACGACUCCAAACAGAACAAGUCCUAGCAUUUUGGGGGUCGGUGCUAUUUAGGGGUCAACGCAGUUCGGUGGCUCGGUGCCGUUUGAGGGGUCGGUGUUGUUGUUCGGGAGUUGGUGCAUUCUUGGAGUCUGUGCCAUUUGAGGGAUAGCCUCGGGUGCUAGGCCGUCUUUUUUUCCUAUAAUGGCCGUAGGAUCUUGCGCUAGGAGGAUGUACGCCACCCAUCGUUUCCGACAAAUGCAGAAGCUGUCACUGCUCCUGUGCUUGAGAGCAAAUGUCUUUCACGGCUAGCGUUUUUGCUGCUGCCACUUUGUUUCGGGACGAUCUUGGGCAUUUGAAGAAUUUUGUGACAUCAGGCUUUUAAGAUUUCGAUUGUUGAAGCGUCGGACUUGUAAGAUUUUGCAAAGUCGGAUGGUCUCUGAUAAGUUUUCCGUAUACAUGACCUCUGUUUUGGACUCGUAGAAGAUUUUGCCAUGUCAGGCAGAGAGGGUCUUUGCUUUCCCAUAUAUAUAUAUAUAUAUAAUAUAGUCAAACAGAGCUGCCCGGUAAAACGUAGGCAGAGAGGGAUCAGCCUCCUGAUGAGUCGGUGAAACUCCGACGAAACAGUUUGUCACAGCCCCUCGUUUGUUGUCCUCUUCUCUCUCUCUGCCUACGGUUUACCGGGCAGGUCUGUUUGUGACGAUAUAUGUAUCGUCGCUUAUCUACAUAUUGUCAUAGAGAACUCCACGGCGAACCGUGGGUUAGAGAGGGAGAACAGGACAACAAACGGGGGGCUGUGAC